AUGUCGACCGCAGUCAUCAACGCCGACGACGAUGCUAUGGAGCCCACGCUCCAGUCGAUCCUCGACCAACGCAGCCUCAGAUGGAUCUUCGUAGGUGGAAAGGGUGGUGUGGGCAAGACGACAACCUCGUGCAGUCUUGCCAUCCAGCUGGCCAAGGUCAGGCGCUCUGUGCUUCUCAUCUCGACCGAUCCCGCCCACAACCUGAGCGACGCUUUCAGCCAAAAGUUCGGCAAGGACGCCCGCAAGGUAGAUGGUUUCGAGAAUCUCUUCGCCAUGGAGAUUGAUCCAAAUGGAAGCAUGCAAGACUUGCUUGCUGGACAGGCUGAGGGUGAGGGCGCUGAAGGUUUGGGGGGUAUGGGGGGUAUGAUGCAGGACCUUGCCCUCUCGAUUCCCGGUAUCGAUGAAGCCAUGUCCUUUGCCGAAGUCCUGAAGCAGGUCAAGUCACUCUCCUACGAGACUAUCAUCUUCGACACCGCCCCAACCGGCCACACACUCCGUUUCCUCCAGUUCCCUUCUGUUCUGGAGAAGGCCCUGAAGAAGAUCUCGCAGCUCUCUAGUCAGUUUGGAGGAGUCCUGAACGGACUUCUGGGCGCCAACGGUGCCCUUCCCAACGGUCAGAACCUCGGUGAGAUGAUGGAAAAGCUCGAAGCCCUUCGCGCCACCAUUUCAGAAGUCAACCAGCAAUUCAAGGACGAGCGCCUCACCACCUUCGUCUGCGUCUGCAUUCCAGAGUUCUUGUCUCUCUACGAGACGGAGCGUAUGAUUCAAGAACUGGCUAGCUACCAGAUUGAUACCCACUGUAUUGUGGUCAAUCAGCUUCUGUUCCCGAAGCCCGGUUCCGAUUGCGAGCAAUGUACGGCCAGACGGCGCAUGCAAAAGAAGUACCUCGAUCAGAUUGAGGAGCUUUACGACGAGUUCAACGUGGUAAAAAUGCCACUUCUGGUGGAGGAGGUUCGAGGAAAGGAGAAGCUGGAGAAGUUCAGUGAGAUGCUGGUCAAGCCUUUUGUUCCCCCGUCAUAG